CACUAAUUUUAAUCUUUAUUGUCUAAAUAGUCGGUACCAGUGUAUUUGUCUGAAAUGGCUCCAACAAAAAUUAGAGGAGCGCUCAAUAUUGGUUUUCAAAUGAUGAUUACAAUUGGUAUUCUAAUUGCAAAUCUUAUAAAUUAUGGUACUUCCAAGCACAAAAAUGGAUGGAGAAUCUCUUUGGGUGUUGGAGCUGUGCCAGCAAUUCUUUUAUGCAUAGGAUCUCUUUGUUUAGAUGAAACACCCAAUUCAUUGAUUGAAAGAGGUCAACAUGAAAAUGCAAAGAAAAUGUUGAAGAAGAUUCGCGGCACUGAAAACAUCGAUGAGGAAUUUCAAGAUCUUGUUGAUGCUAGUGAGGAAGCUAGUAAGGUGGAUCAUCCAUGGAAAAAUAUUGUACAAUCAGAAAAUAGACCUCAACUCACUUUUUGCACCUUCAUUCCAUUCUUCCAACAACUUACUGGCAUUAAUGUAAUCAUGUUUUACGCUCCUGUCCUUUUCAAGAUCUUAGGCUUUGGUGGUGAUGCUUCGCUCAUGUCCGCAGUUAUUACUGGUGGUGUCAAUGUUGUGGCCACACUUGUUUCUAUCUUCACAGUUGAUAAGUUUGGAAGAAGGAUAUUAUUUCUUGAGGGUGGUGUACAAAUGUUAAUUUGUCAGAUUAUUAUUGGAAUCAUGAUUGGUAAAAAGUUUGGAUUGAAUGGCCAAGGAUCAUUUUCCACAAAAGAAGCCGACCUCCUAUUGUUCUUUAUUUGUGCAUAUGUCGCGGCGUUUGCAUGGUCAUGGGGACCAUUGGGUUGGUUGGUACCUAGUGAAAUAUGCUCUCUUCAGAUUCGACCAGCGGGUCAAGCAUUGAAUGUUGUAGUGAACAUGUUCUUCACAUUUAUAAUUGCUCAAGUAUUUCUAACCAUGCUUUGUCAUUUGAAAUUUGGCCUCUUCUUUUUCUUUGCUGGCUUUGUGGUCAUCAUGACAAUUUUCAUUUUCAUGUUCUUACCUGAGACGAAAAAUGUUCCAAUUGAAGAAAUGAAUAGAGUGUGGAAAUCACAUUGGUUUUGGACCAAGUUUAUUCCUGAACAUGUUGUUGUUAUUGGUGGUUAUAAUAAAAAGACCACUCCUUGAAUUUGAUAAGGAAUUGGCUAUGAAAGACAGAAAUCGUGGCUACAAGGGAAGGUUGAGGAAUGUGAAUGAGUUAAAUGAAUUGUAGCCUUGUGCAAUGAGUAACGAAAUUUGCUUUACUUGAAAUUAGUCAAGCAUUAUUUCUCUUCUAAAGUUUUAGAGCAAAAAACAGUUUUGCUCAUCUUUGUUUUGUCUUAACAGGUAGAUAAUGAUUAGAUAUAAAAAGAGAUCACAUAUUGUACGGACUUUUCAAUUUAUGAAAUUAGGAGAAAUAAAUUUUGAACUUGUAAAGCUAUUUCUUCAACAUUGUGAGGUAUUC